AUGGAGUGUCCAAAUGAAACAGCCCCAAAUGAGUUUAUUCUCUCUGGGUUUUCAUAUCCACAAGAACUAAAGCUCCCCUUGCUUCUCUUCUUCUCAGUCAUGUUUAUCCUGACUCUUUCUGGAAAUGCCUUGAUCAUCUGGGUGGUGAUCACUGACCUUCAACUGCACAAGCCCAUGUACUGGUUCCUUUGUCAUCUCUCCAUCCUGGACAUGGCCUUCUCCUCUGUGGUGGUUCCCAAAGUUAUUGCUGGUUUCAUUCCUGGUGGAAAAGUCAUCUCUUUUGGAGAAUGUGUGUCUCAGCUAUUCUUCUUUCAUUGCAUUGGAUGUGCAGAAUCUUUUCUUUACACCCUGAUGGCUUAUGACCGCUUCUUGGCCAUUUGUAAACCACUCCAUUAUGGUAACAUCAUGAGGUGGAAGGCCUGCCUCACCCUAUCCUUGGGUACCAUAAUUGGAGGCUGCCUCAACUCCACAUUUCAGACAUUUCUCACCUUCCAUUUGCCUUACGGACAGAGACACUAUAUUGACUACGUCUUCUGUGACAUUCCUGCCAUGCUGAAGUUGGCUUGUGCUGACACAAAACUCAAUGAGUUGAUGAUCUUCAUUGAUGUUGGCCUUGUGGCACUGAUAUGUUUUCUCCUUAUUCUAGCAUCUUAUAUCUACAUCAUUUCAGCUAUUUCAAGGAUUAGCAGCAGUGAAGGACAGCAACGGGCCUUCUCAACCUGUACUGCUCAUAUGAUUGUAGUAGUCAUGUAUUAUCUCCCUUUGGGAUAUCACUAUCUGAGGCCAAUUUCUAAGGAUUCCAUGGAUGGUGUGUGUCCAAAUGAAACAGCCCCAAAUGAGUUUAUUCUCUCUGGGUUUUCAUAUCCACAAGAACUAAAGCUCCCCUUGCUUCUCUUCUUCUCAGUCAUGUUUAUCCUGACUCUUUCUGGAAAUGCCUUGAUCAUCUGGGUGGUGAUCACUGACCUUCAACUGCACAAGCCCAUGUACUGGUUCCUUUGUCAUCUCUCCAUCCUGGACAUGGCCUUCUCCUCUGUGGUGGUUCCCAAAGUUAUUGCUGGUUUCAUUCCUGGUGGAAAAGUCAUCUCUUUUGGAGAAUGUGUGUCUCAGCUAUUCUUCUUUCAUUGCAUUGGAUGUGCAGAAUCUUUUCUUUACACCCUGAUGGCUUAUGACCGCUUCUUGGCCAUUUGUAAACCACUCCAUUAUGGUAACAUCAUGAGGUGGAAGGCCUGCCUCACCCUAUCCUUGGGUACCAUAAUUGGAGGCUGCCUCAACUCCACAUUUCAGACAUUUCUCACCUUCCAUUUGCCUUACGGACAGAGACACUAUAUUGACUACGUCUUCUGUGACAUUCCUGCCAUGCUGAAGUUGGCUUGUGCUGACACAAAACUCAAUGAGUUGAUGAUCUUCAUUGAUGUUGGCCUUGUGGCACUGAUAUGUUUUCUCCUUAUUCUAGCAUCUUAUAUCUACAUCAUUUCAGCUAUUUCAAGGAUUAGCAGCAGUGAAGGACAGCAACGGGCCUUCUCAACCUGUACUGCUCAUAUGAUUGUAGUAGUCAUGUAUUAUCUCCCUUUGGGAUAUCACUAUCUGAGGCCAAUUUCUAAGGAUUCCAUGGAUGGUGUGGUGAGCAUUUUCUACACCACCCUAACGCCCUUGUUGAACCCAGUGAUAUAUACUUUUAGGAACAAGGAGAUGAAAAGUGCCCUGGUGAAAAUUUGGGGUGGAUAUAUGGAAUAG